UUUCGCUACACUCCGUCCAUGCUGCGUGAGCCGUGUCUAAGGACCAACACCACUAUAGAUGUCCUGUACCUGGACAACACUAACUGUGACCCCACACGCACCCUGCCCUCCAGACAACGAGCCACUCAGCAGAUCAAAGAGAUCAUCCGUAGCCAGCCCAAGCACAAUGUUGUCAUUGGCCUCUAUACUCUGGGUAAGGAGUCUCUAUUGGUACAGCUGGCCAUGGAGUUUAAGACAUGGAUUGAAGUGUCCAUCGAGAGACUAAAGACUCUCAGAGCCCUGGAGCUACCAGAUGUCUUCACCACUGAGCCAGGAGCAGGUCGGAUCAGGGCCGUGGACCAGUCAGAGAUCCGCUCCACCAACCUCCUCCGUUGGAACAGGGAACACCCCACCCUGGCCAUCCUGCCCACCAGCAGACCCCUGGUCUCCUUCCACCCUAAUGUCCAUGUGGUGCCUUACUCGGACCACUCCUCCUACCAG